UGUUCUUUUUUGCCAUUAUCAAACGUCAAAUCAGUUGUUCACAUACUUUUCGUGGCACUCUUCCGACUAGAAAAUUAUUGUUUAAUUUGUUAAAUUUUAAAUUCUUCCAGUGUAACCAGACAUUUCGUUAUAAAAAAAUCAUAAAAAUAAUUUGACAAUUGCAAAUUCUUUCGUGAAAUAUAUAAACAAAAUGGAAACGUCACCUGGUUUGUUGUGAUUAGUUGAAGUGUAUUUCCAUGGAUAAUCUCAAAACAAUCGCGUUAUUGAAUCGGUUAUAAGGGUGAUAGUAAAACGUUAUUCAGUGUUAUGAAUAAGCUGUGAUUUCUACUGUGUUUUGUCUAAUGUACCGACACAAUGAAUUGGUUCGACACGUCAGGCCUUACGAGCCUUGCUAAGAAUGCGCUGAAAGAAGCACAGAAAACUAUAGACAAGGCGCUCGACAUCCAGGAUGAAAGUGGAGAUGAGCCAGAAGAGGAGGCGACGCCACAGACCAGCGCAAAGUCGUCUCCGGGUCACAGCAACACUUCUCAGAAAGACAACACAGAUUUCUUUUCGUCGUGGGGUUUGACAGUGAGUGCGGAGAGCGAACAGAAUACUCCGAUCAAGGAACAGCCCGUCGUAACAGAGAGUCCGUCUAAGUCCACUUCACAGAGCAUUUGGGGCUCGUUUGCGGGCUCUUUCUUUGAACAACCUAAGGAUGAAGACUCCACUAUCGUGAGACCUCCGAAAGCUAAGUCUAUGAAUGUUAUUGCUGACCAUAAAUAUGGUAGCCAGGAUGAUUUGUUCUCUAAAAGUCAGCUCAUUAUGUCUGACAGUGAAGCAUUAGAUCACAGAAUAACCAAAUCUCUAAAAGAUGAACUCCCAAAAGUUGAUGAGAGACGUGAUUCAGCAAAGUCUCACAGAUUGUCACUUGUCUCAAGCAGGAAUAGUUCUGAUUCUGUAGAAGUCUUGUCCCAAAGCUUAAAGACUACACCUGACUCUGAGGCUUCAGUGCAUUCCAUGUCUCGCAGUAGUAGCACUGGACAGAAACAUAACUCAGAGUCUGUAGAAAUAUUACCUGAUAGUCUGGUGAGCUCUAGCUCAAUAGAGUGCCUUGGUUUCGAUAGUUAUUCUAGUGAAAAAAAAAGCAAUUCAUCAUCUCUCUGUGUGUCUCCUGGAGAUUACAGCGACAAAAAGUCUACUCCAGUAGGUGAUAAGACUGAAAAAGCAGAUACUGCUGACAGUGUUAGUUUAGUAGCUGAUGAUGAUGAAGACACCAUGUCCUACAACUCCAUAUCUGAGUGCACUGCUCCCACAGUACUGGACACUGAUGACAAAUCUGUAAGCCCUUUUACAAAAGUAAUUAAAACUGAUGCAAGCAGAAAAGUCAUAGAAAAAGAAUUGAUGCAUUUAGAGCAAGCCUUAGUCCCUCAAAGAAUGCAAUUGAGCGAGAAUUCUUCCAAUGACGGUUCUUGGUCAGAUAGAACGUUAAAUGCUGAUGGUGACAGUAUUAACUUGGACAUGACUGCAGAAGACCAGAAAAAAGAGCAGGAGGAUGUUCUCAUUGAGAAAUUAAGUGACUCGUCAUCAUUCUACAAUGUAAAUGUUUCCAGUGACAUGCUGAGAUCUGAAAGUUCUGCAUUCGUCAAUGUUGAGAAACAGCAGUGCAAUGAAUCUAGUAGUAGCUCUUCACAGAAAGAUGGCAGUGUUAAGGAAAGGACUUCUCCAAUAAGCUCUGAUAGUAAGAGUGACUUGGUCAAGAUAGGGUCCGACCGGACAUCAGGUCACACGUCUGGAGACGAGCUAGAAACAGCAACUUCUUCAGAUAUUGAAAUAAUUCCUAGUCCUAAUGGAGAUGGUCAUGGCUUUAGGAACAGUCCUGCUAAAUAUGCUUUUAAACAGUCAAAGUUUGAUGGCACAACUUCCCCAAACUUGGUGGAUCUAGUAUUAGGUAAAUCCUUAGCCACAAAGAUAAGGGGACAUAACAGAGAGCUAUCUGAGGCAUCUGUGCAGAGUAACACGAGUGAUGAGAGCCAGGGCUCAGAGAAUGAGAGAUUGAUGAGGAGGCUUUGUGAAAUGGCAGAGCUAUUAGAAGCAAGAGAAAACAGACUGUUGGAAAUGAGUAGGAAUAAUGCAGACUUGGCAGAAAACAAUGCUGACUUGAAGAGCCAAGUGGAGUCAUUGAUGUUGAAGCACGAGGGAGGUGAUAUUAAUACUAUCACAGAAGAUUACACACAGAGAAUGUCAGCCCUGGAGAAGAAGUUUCAACAAGCAAUCAGGGAAAAGGAUCAGCUGCGAAAACAGCUGGACCAGGUUAAGUCUGAAUCAUCUUCACGCAAGAACUCCUCGGAGCUGGAGAAUACACUCAAGGAGAAGGAUGAGGUGAUAGCUCAGCUGCAGGAAGAAGGGGAGAAGCUGGCGCGACAGCAGUUGCAGCACUCCAAUAUCAUCAAGAAGCUGAGGGCCAAAGAGAAGGACAAUGAACAAGUCAUCAAGGGAUUGAGAGAUAAAAUAGCUGAGCAGUCAGCAGAGUUAGACAGGCUGAAGCGGUCUAUAGCAGCUAAGGAGGAGCUGGAAGUCAGCCAAAUUGAAGCUGUGUACCGGCUCACCACUGCCAACAAGAAACUAGAGACUGAGCUUAUGGAGACGCGAAGUCAGCUAGAUGACACGCAGCACAAGUUGGAAAGCAGUCGCACGUCGCUCGAGGGCGCGCGCCGCGAGCUGGCCGAGCUGCAGCGGACCAGCGCCGACCUCAGUCGCCGCGCCACCGCCGCGCACCAAGCACAGAGCUCGGCCAGGCUGGCGGAGCAGGACCUGCACAGGCUGCGCACCGAGCUCGCGCAGCUCAGGGAGGACAGGAGAGCUGAGGAAAAGAAAUGGGUGUCCCGGGAAGAAGGUCUCCGUCGCGAGCUGCAGGAGGCCCGCGAGGCGUGCAGCGCGCUGGAGGGCCGCGCGGACGAGGGCGCGGGCGAGGGCGCGGGGCCGGGCGCGGGGCCGGGCGCGGGGCCGGUGAACGACCACUCCGGGAUCGUGCUGGCGCAGCUGGCCCAGCUGCAGGCGGCCGCGCUGGACCGCGACCGCGCGCACGCGCACGCCCUGCGCCAGCGCGCGCUGCAACUCGCGGAGGCGGAGCGUGCCCUGGCGGCGGCCGUGGAGCGGGACCAACUGUCGCGGGACGAAAUUGCCGCACUACAGGCCAGGCUGGCCGAGCUGGACCUGCAGGGACAGGAACACGCUCGGCAACUGAAGGAGCUGGCCCAGCGGGACCUGCUACAUCAACAGGACAUACAGCAGCUCGAGGAACAGAUUGCCAAGAAGAAUGAGGAGUUGGAAAGCGAGCGAUCGUCCAAUUUGCAGCAGCAGUCGCAGCUGCAGCAGCGCCUGCAACAGCUGGAGCUGCAGCUGCAGGAGCAGAGCGACGCGUUGCAGGCGGAGAGACACCGGGCCGCCAUACUGCAGGAGCAAUCGAGUCGCGGUGGCGAGGUGUCUCCUUCGCAGUCCAUUACUUCGGACUCUCUGUCAGCUUCCUUCUGGCACUCUGAGGAGGGCGGCGCGGCGCGCGCGGUGCCUGCGAGCGCGCUGUGCGUGGAGGACGCGCUGGGCGCGGGGCGGUGCUGGACGCCGGGCGCGGGGCGGCGCCGCGACGCCGAGCUGCGCGCCCUCGCCGCGCACCGCGACCACCUGCUGCACGACCGGGACCUGCUCGCCAGGAGGCUCGCCACCUGCCAGGCCGCGCUCGAUGACAUGCAUGCGGUACAAGAGCAAUACGAUGCACUCCUCCAAAUGUACGGCGAGAAGGAGGAACAGAUGGCGGAGCUACGUCUGGACCUGCAGGACGUCACGCAGCUCUACAAGGCACAGCUCGACGAACUCAUCGCACUCAAACAGAGGCGAUAGCACGCGCUCAGACACGGACCGGCCAGGCCCAGCCAGCUACAUCUGUCACAUACGUGCUGGUGUCUGGCAAACCCCUGCGGCACACAGAGACCGUCGUCUGUCUAAAUGUCUAAUUAGUAAUGUCUGUUAACGGCCGAAAUUAAAAUCCUAACGGUAAAAUGUUGUCAGUAAAACUCGAGGGGUGAAUAGAUACUGUAACAGUUUUCCAAUUUGUAUUCACCCCUCUUUUGUAUUUAUUCAUCCCUCAAAUCCUAUAUUAUCCAUCUCAAUCUCAAAAUGUAGAAUUUAGAUCGACUUUGGCCAUUACUUUUGUUAAAAUCCGGAUAUUUAAUUAAGUUGUUCAUUAAUUUCGGCCAUGAAACACAAUAUACCGCCAAUAUAUAAGUAUGUUCAGACAAUAGAUAAUAUAAUCAAUCGUUACUGUCCUUAGUUGGAGGAUAGUGAUUGAGAUAGCAGCUUUAUUCGAGUUUAAAUUCUAUAAUUAUACAGUUUAAUAAUUAAUUCUACAAUUUAAUAAAUUCUAUAAUUAUUCAAAUUAUACAAAAGUGAAUAUUGUCUUAAAAUUAUUAUUGUCACACAGGAAAGACUUGUUUUUAACUAAAUAGCAGUUUACAAUAUGUUACACGUAAAAAUAUACAGAACUAACAGUAGGUACUAUGACAUACUGUUAGUAUACUUGCUACUAAUCAUUUUGUAGCUUGUAGUUAACUAGCAAUAUGUACCUAUCAUAGAUUAGACAAAUGAAACAAAAUAUGGCGCUAGAUUUUAAAUUCUAUAACUAUUGCGGAAUAAAAAAAGUCAUCACAUGUUAGUUCCAGAAAAAUAUUUAUGAUCCGCAAUGAAUGGAAAUAUAAUUGCGAUGUUGUUAGGUAAUCAUUGUUAUCAUCAAUUAUCACGUGUUGUAGGUACUAUCCUGACGUCUUUCAUUGCGGGCUAUGGGGCAUGUGUUCUGUGCUUAACCGUACAGGCACACUGUAUUGUGUGGGUAAAGUAUUUUAACGAUAAUCUUAGUCAUAACGCUAAAAUAUAAAGCGGCAACUUAUCAGGUUAAAUACUUAGUGAUAAUAAACUAUAGAUGGCGCUACUAGAGGGGUUCUAUAAAAUAAAUUAUAUUUAGGAUUUAAUAAAUCGCGUGUGUGACUUCUUCUAUAAAUAUUUCGCUUCCGUCUUGCUAUAGUAUUGUAUUUGCCAAACGUUGGACGUUCCUUUUGUAUUUCAAUCUUGUCAUAUUAUUAUAUUGGUCUCUAAAUGUUGUCUAUGAAAUAUUUAAAAGUAUAUUAUUGAAAGUAUAACAUGAGUUUAUUACUGCACAUAGGUAGAUGUUAUUAUUUGUACAGUAUAAUAUUAUUAUAUAUUACAUAUAGUUAUUAUUUGUAUAUAGAAAAGUGUGUUGACUGUUGCCGAAGGUUAGAAGGAUUUUAUCAUAAUUUUAAAAUAAACCUUAUGAUCCCUACUAUAGAGCAUAAACACGCCUGGUUACUGUGAGGUAUUCCAUCUAAAAAAAUGCCAGAAAGUUGUGACGGAAGAACUAUCGAACUGGGACCAUAAGGAAGCACUAUUAUGAUAAGAUUAGGUUGAGGCUAUGGAGAGAGUCGACCUGUGUUAUUGUGCUAUGUAGUUUCAAAUUGUAUGUGACGUGUGCAAGGAGGAAGACAAGCAAAUAUUGUAUAAAUAUUAAAAUGACAGAUUUAUAAAGCUCACAAUACUCAACACUUAUUUGGAACUUACUCAAAAUGGCUGUGCGUAGAUACCUCUACCUCUACAUGUUUAUACAAUACUCAAAAGUUAUUCGUUUUUCUAAAUUCCCAGUGAUUUGUAAUCUGUCUUCCUGAGGUAAUUGGUCAAUAUCGAGCGAUAUGCUGUGAGAUCGCAGAGUACACUACUCUGCCGAUUACUUUAGCUACGGGGAGCAGGGCGUGAUGAUAGAGUACUGCGAGAUAAGUGGAGGACAGCAGACAGUUGGUACUAUGUAUUUUUUUGUUGGUUUUGGUUAGGUCUGUAAAAUCAAUUGAUUGAAAAUAACGGCGAACACGGUCUCGUUUCGAUAUCGUUAAACGUAAAACAAAAUCGUACAAAUUCCUCUAGAUCCUUCUUCGUCACGCAGCCUAUAGUCGACUGCUGCAGUGAGCCGGUUGUUUAAAUUAAUUCUGUCCAUUCGCAGGGAUUGUGGUUAGACUGCAAAGUUGUUUGUUUAUUAGUAUGUUAAGGUUUCUCCUAGUUCUCGACACCGCAGCGGUAUACUUAACCCUAGUGAUACUUUGCACGAGUCGCCUAGUACUUAAAAUGUACGUGUUUUAACAUGUCAAUGUUAAUUUUGUUUUGUAGUUUUGAUUUUUAAAUGACAAAUGUCUGCUGUACUACAUUAUACUUUAAUGAAUAUAUUUUAUUUGCGCAUCACUCAUCUUAUGAAUCGAGUUCAAAUUAAUACAAUAUUUAAGUUCCUUCGUAUUUCAUGUUCAUGUGGUCAUUGUUAUCUAUUAUUGUGUAAAUAAAAUAAACUGCCAA